UUCUCCCAGGGGCCCAGAUGGUCAUCACAGACCUGACCACCCCCGCAGAGCGCCCCGGAGCCCUGGGGAAGCUGGGCCUGUGCUUUGGAAUAGGAGUCAUCCUGGGCUCCUUGCUGGGCGGGACACUGAGCUCCAGGUUUGGGCUCUACGCGCCGGCCUACGUGGCCUUGUUGGCGAAUGGCGUCUGCGCGGCCAUCAGCUUCACCUGCAUCCCCACCAGCACCAAGUCGGCCGCCGCGGCCCCCCCAGGCAGACCCCCAGCGGCCAGCGUGUUUGAUCUGAAGGAAAUCGGCCGCCUCCUGGGGCUGCCCGGCGUCCGGCCCAUCUUCUUCAUCAAGAUUCUUUCUGGUCUUCCUUCAGGGCUCUUCAUGAUUAUGUUCUCCAUCAUCUCCAUGAACUUCUUCGAGCUGGGGGCCGCCCAGGCCGGCUACCUCAUGGCCUACUUCGGAGUCCUCCAGAUGGUGGUCCAAGGCCUGGUCAUCGGGCGCCUGAGCAAGCGGUACUCGGAGGGCUCCUUGCUCCGGGCCAGCAUCCUGGUGUUCAGUCCUGUGGGCCUGGGCCUGGCCCUCAUGACCAACGUCUUCCACUUCUGCCUCAUCGUCCCCGGCCUGGUGUUCGGCCUCUGCGCCAUGAACGUCGUCACAGACAGCAUCCUGACCAAGGCGGUGCCCCCCUCGGACACGGGCGCCAUGUUGGGGAUCUGUGCCUCCGUGCAGCCACUGACGCGGACCGUGGGUCCCACCAUCGGCAACCUCCUGUACAAGAGGUUUGGAGUGGCUGCCUUCGGCUACUUGCAGUUUGCCGUCAACUUUCUCCUGUUCUUGUAUCUGUGCAAGAAGAAGGUUCCCCAGAAAGCCGAAAAGGCGCCAUGACCUUUGCCCCAAAGAGGGGCCGCCCUCCUUCCUCUCCCCCACCUGGUAAUAAACACCUGCUCCUCCUCCUCCUCCUCCA